UGGGGGGAAUGGGGGGUCCCGAUCUCCUUUUCCUCCUCAUCCCGGGGAUUGUGAACCCCAAAACUGGGACCCCCGCAAAGGGCCAAGAGUGAGACAUUUAACGGGAGGGGCACCAAGACCCCCCCCAAAAAAGAAAGGGGGUGAGGACCCUGAGGCGACAAAAUCCGCUCCCCACGGGGGGGGAGGUUUGGAUCCCCCUCCCCAAAUACGAGACCCGGGGAGGGGGAUGGGGGUCACCGGGGUCGGGUCGCCACGGGGGGGGCCCCGCUGGUCCCCCCCACUUUGUCCCCUCCCAGCCCGGCCAGCGGCCAGGGUGUAAAGUUACCGGCGACCUUCCCGGGGGGCACCGCCAGCACCCGCCGGGGCCCCCCGAAAUGGAGGAGAAAUCCCCCAAAAUCCCAGCCUGCGUGCCUCAGUUUACCAACUGCCCCACCAUGGUGAUCCUGGUGGGGUUACCCGCCCGAGGCAAGACCUACAUCUCCCGAAAACUCACCCGUUACCUCAACUGGAUCGGCACCCCGACUCGCGUGUUCAACGUGGGUGAGUACCGCAGAGAAGCCGUCCCCAACUAUAAAAAUUACGAAUUUUUCCGCCACGAUAACCCCGAGGGGGUGGAAAUCCGCAGGCACUGUGCUCUGGCCGCCCUGAAGGAUGUUCGUGCUUACCUGAGCUCUGAGGAGGGGCAGGUGGCGGUGUUUGAUGCCACCAACACCACGCGGGAACGGCGGGAAGUGAUCCUGCAGUUCGCCAAGGAGAACGGGUACAAGGUCCUGUUCGUGGAGUCCAUCUGUGACGACCCCACCAUCAUCGAGGAGAACAUCAAGGUGAGACCCUGGUGGGGAGGGGACAAAUGGGACCCAGAGGUGACAGUGGGGACCUGGAGGUGACAGCUGGGGUUGGGAGGUGACAACUGGGGCCAGGAGGUGACAACAAGGACCUGGAGGUGACUAUUGGGACCCAGAGGUGACAACAGGAACCUGGAGGUGACAACAUGGGCUGGGAGGUGACAGCUGAGGCCUAAAGGUGACAACAAGGACAUGGAAGUGACAACAGGAACCUGGAGGUGACAACAGGGACCAGGAGGUGACAAGAGGGA